CGCGGGUGGGCGUGGCCGGUUACGUAGCUCCUUUCUCGGUUUCUUCGCUGCGUGAGGUCGACUUGGAGGGAAGUGAACGUCGCCAAGAAGAGACAGAAAUAGGAGAAGAGAGCAGGAACAACAACUAACUCUCAAAAGCUGCCUCAGGAGCAGUGAAGUGUCUUCAUGGCAGUUCGUCGAGGACACACUAAGUACUUGAAAGCCGACCUGCAGGAGGUGUAUGACAUGUCAAACGGUUAUGAAGAUCACAUGGGAGGGGACGAGGGGAAGGACGUCAAGACCAACCUGAUAGUGAACUACCUGCCUCAGAGCAUGACGCAGGAUGAGCUGCGGAGCCUCUUCAGCAGCAUCGGAGAGGUGGAGUCUGCCAAGCUGAUACGAGACAAAGUCGCAGGCCACAGUUUAGGGUACGGAUUUGUUAACUAUCUUAACCCUAGUGAUGCAGACAGAGCUAUCAGUACACUGAAUGGACUAAGGCUACAGUCCAAAACUAUCAAGGUUUCAUAUGCACGGCCCAGCUCGGAUACAAUAAAGGAUGCUAACCUGUAUAUCAGCGGCCUGCCCAAGUCCAUGACCCAGAAGGAUGUGGAGGAUAUGUUUUCACGUUAUGGCCGCAUCAUUAAUUCCCGGGUACUUGCGGAUCAGGCCACAGGUACGACAGGUGUGUCCCGUGGGGUGGCUUUCAUUCGGUUUGACAAGCGGGCAGAGGCUGAGGAAGCUGUCAAAAACCUGAAUGGCCAAAAGCCCCCGGGAACCUCUGAGCCGAUCACAGUGAAGUUUGCUGCCAACCCGAACCAGGCGAAGAACACACAGCUCAUCUCUCAGCUCUACCACAACCAGUCCCGACGCUUCGGAGGGCCCUUACACCACCAGGCGCAGCGCUUUAGGUUUUCACCUAUGGGCGUUGAUCACAUGGGCAGUAUGGGAGGUGUCAGUGUCCCGGGGAACUCCACCUCUGGCUGGUGCAUCUUCAUCUACAACCUGGGCCAGGAUGCAGACGAGAGCAUCCUGUGGCAAAUGUUCGGUCCCUUUGGCGCCGUCACCAACGUCAAGGUGAUCCGAGACUUCAACACCAACAAGUGCAAGGGCUUCGGCUUCGUUACCAUGACAAACUACGAGGAGGCGGCCAUGGCCAUCGCCAGCCUGAACGGCUACCGGCUUGGAGACAAGAUACUGCAAGUGUCCUUUAAGACCAGCAAGGGCCACAAGUAGAAUAGUCUGGACAAUCAGGUGUAGAGGAGAGCGGGAAAUAACCUGUGCCAGGUUUUUGUUGCGAAAAAGCUGUUUGAGUUUGCAAAGUCUGGCACACCAAAUUGGGUUUUAGCAUAUUCAAAGUUUCAAUGAGAAGUUCACUCUUCUGCACCUUUGUACUUGUCUAAAAGAGUGUCCAGGUUAUUCUUUUUUUUUUUUUCAUUAUUAUACUCUCGCUUGGGGCUUGAGGACAGUUUUAUUUUUGGGGGGAGUGGCAGAGAGAAAAUUCUCAAAUUACCCCGAGUAUAAUUGAAAAUUAUCUCAAAAGCUAAAACAUUGUAUGUGUUGCAUGUGUGGGGGCUAGAAAAAAAGGCAAACAAUUGGUUCUUAGCAGUGCUCUGAAUAUACAGAGCGUUAGAAAAGCCCUACCAAAUGUUACCCAAGCGUCAACAUUUUAGUGGAUAAUUUAUUGAGUAAAAAGGGGCAAGAAGAAUAUUUUUCAAGAGCCAGUGGUCGUUUCAGUUUGGAAAAGCAGUGCUCUGUCCCGGGUCCUCGUCAUAUGUAGAAAUAGAUGCCUUAAAUUAUCAUCCAGCGGACGCAGACCUUUCAAAACCACUCGCUGUUUCAAUCUAAGAGCAAAGCACUUUUAAACAAUCUGUUUUAGGUUGCUAUGAAUAUCAGUCUUUUUGAUGUUAAUCUUUUGCUCACCCUCUGACCAGGUUUAACAUUUUUAAACAUGACGAGCUCUGGAGGGGAAUGUUUAUUGUUUUGUUAUCCCUAUGUAAAGUGUCUUUUUAUUAUAAGUUGUAUUCCAGGAGAGCCCUGUUGAAAUUCUAACCCAGUCAGUGUGUACGAAAUUAAGAUGGACCAAAGGCAGGGAGAGAUUUCAUCCUAUAAACCCCAGAACAGUUUUUCUUUCUCAAGGCAAAAUUAGACCUUUUUCAGUUUCUUUUUUUUUUUUGAGGAGGUACUAAGGUUAUAUCUGAUACUUACUGAGAGCAACAUCACUUUGGCUGUUUGCCGCUAUGUUUUAUUUUGUUUCUUUCAGUUUGAGUUAAUUUCUUUUCUUUUUGUUUGGAUUUUUUUUCCUUUGUAGAAGCAUACAUUUUUAUUUGUUACAGUGUAAGUUACAAACUUGUUUUAAUGAGUGCUUAUCUCAAGUUUGGAGAGAAAUUAAUGGCCUUUGUUGUUGAUUUCAGCUUAGAUUUGCUUUAUUUUUCUUCCUUUUGUUUUGGUUGUUUCACUUUGAACGUAAAACCAUUAAAUUUUAUUUUCUUUUGCUGAAA